UGGGUGAUGUAUGGAAUUGUUGAAUCAUUAUAUUGUACACUUGAAACUAAUAUAACACUGAAUGUUAACUAUACGGGAAUUAAAAUUAAAACAAAACCACUAUGAAAUACUUUAUUCCCACUAGGAUGGUUAUAAUAGAAAGACAGAUAAUAAGAAAUGUUGGUGUAAAAAUUAUCCCUGCUUGUACACUGCUGGUGGGAAUAGAAGAUGGUGUAGCUGCUGGAAAACACACCAGCAGUUCCUUAAAAGGUUAAACAUAGACUUAUCAUAUGACCCAGUAUUUCAACUCCCAGGUACAUAUUCAGGAUAAUUGAAAACAUAUGUCCACACAAAAACAUGUGUACAAAUGUUAUAUAAUAGCAGCAUUAUUCAUAAUAGCAAAAAAUAGAAACAAGCCAAGUGUCCACAAGCUAACUAGUGGUAAACAAAAGUGGCAUGUGCACAAGUGGAGUAUUAUUUAGUCGUAAAGAGGAGUGCAGUACUAACACAACAUGGGUGAACCUUGGAAGCAUUGUGCUCAGAGGAAGAAGCCAAAAGAAAGAAGACUACAUAUUCUAUGACUCCAUUUAUACGAAAUGUCCAAAAUAGGCAAAUCUGCAGGGACAAAAAGUAGAUUGGUGAUUAGUGGUUGCCAGGACCUAGGGAGAGAACAGGCUGGGUAGAAGGUUGCUUUCAGAGUGAGGAAAGUGCCCUGGAGUUAGAUAGUGGCUGGUGAUGGUUACACAAACCUGUGAAUAUGGGAAAGCCCACUGAGUUGUGCACUUUAAAUUGGGGAAUUUUAUGGCAUGUGAGUGAUAUCUUGAGGGUAAACUUAGCCAAAUUUUUUUUGAGAAGGUCACGCUGGCUGUGAGGAGAGCAGAUCAGAGACUGGGGUGAGAGAUACCUUAACAGUUGGACACGUGAAAAAAGGCUUUGGAGUUUACUCUACCGAAGCCCUGACCUGCACUGUGUCCUAGAAUAGAGUUCACUUUUUCAGUUACAGUGGUGGUAGCAGAGGGUGGAGGCCUUGCACUGCCCAUGGUGCUGACCUGAAAGGCUUUGGUUCUUAUAAACCUCCCUGGGAAUUCAUUUCCUGAAAGGGCUCUUAAUCCUCUUCAUCAUGGUCCUAUGAUCAGCGCCCCCAGAGCGUUGGGUCCCAAGACAGUUUCUCAAUGAUAAAGUGCAUCUGAUGCAACAGUUCACACACUUUUUAAUAACUCCCAUUGCUCUUGCCCUCAACAGCCCCAGCCCAGCUUCACUGCAUGAAUUAAGCCCAAGUUUCGUACCCUGAGGAAUGUCCCUUCCCUUAAUUAGGCCAAUCCUCUGUGUGUUCUUGGUCUGAGAUAGGCCAAGAGAAGAAUGGAGCUGUGGGAGAAGUGUGACCUGGAGGGUGGAGGCUCUAAGUCCCCUUGGCCACUUUGGGCUGAAGGUAGGUGAUGGCCCCAGUGUCCUUCCCAUGGACAAGUCAGCACUGAGAAGACUCCCGCAAAGUCUAUUGUAAGACAAACAUGGAGUGGAGGGAAAGCGUGGGGCAAGAAUGUUGGGGCAAAGGGAUUGGGGGAACAGUUGAUUUUAUCUGGAACUACGACUUUGGUCUGUACUAGCUUAUGUGUUGUGUAGAAUUUAGGACAGAGGGUGGGAGGGAGAGCAGAAUAUAGAUGCAGCUGGUUUCUCCCCCAUCUCCCACACACAUGCUCCAGCUUCUUCCCACACCUAGAAGAAAACACACCAGGUCUUUAUCUCACACUUCCCACCCUCUAAUGUUUCCCUUUAAAUCCCCUCUUCCACCCACUCUGAGUUUCCAUUCCCUCUCUAUUGCUAUACCUCUAUCCUCCUUUCUCCUAAAUCUUGUGUUAAUAAACCUAUUAUACUUCCAAGAUGACCCCAGACUAGAUUCACCACCAUUUUUGGAAUUGCGUUUUCUCCCUCCCCUCCUCUCUUUCAGUCCCGUGUGGAUGGAUUUCCUAAGAGCAAGAGGGAUGGGAAACAAGGUUGAGCAACAACAGAAAAGUGUCUGGGAUCUAUCUCUUUAUUUAUUUAUUUGUUUGUUUGUUUGUUUGUUUAAUUUUAUUUUCCAUCUAAAUCUAUUCUCUUUGCAUGUAGGUGGAAGAAUCAUUUCCAAAGAUUCUUACGAGUUUGUGCUAAGCAUGCUGGCCAUGCUAAGAUGAUGCUUUUUGCUCGGGGCCCAUGCCAGCACUCCGCCCACCAUCAAGCCGCCAAGCAUUCUUUUGGGAACCAUCUAUGAGAAAGGCUAUGUGCACCCUAAGGAACUGUGUAGCACUCGACAUAUCAGACUUGCAGUGAAAUUACAAACACAAGCGAGAAAAUAGAACCAUCCUCAUGGAAAAAUACUAGUCCAUGAUAGUGUUAUGGAUUGGCUACUCUUGGGCCUUGAAGGAAAGGUGAGAUUCAGAUAGGUGAAGAUGGGAAGGAAAUCCAGGUGGGGCACUGGCCUGAUGAAAUGCUCUGAUGCCUAAGGAACUGAAGAGGAGAUCAGUUUGGUUGAAGCCAAGGGUUCUCAUCAGGGAGCAAGUAGGAAGAGAAUAGUAGUUAGGAGUGCAGAUUCUGGGACUAAUCAGACCUGGGUCAGAGUCCCGGAGUAGCAGAGCUCUGCCACUCACUCUGUGUGACCUGCGGCAAACUAUUUACCAACUUGAAGGCUUAGAUUACCCAUCUGUAAAGUGGGGAUAAUUAAUAGAAUUUACUGUAUUUUAUAAGCAUGCAAAGAUUAUAUGAGAAUUAAACAGGCUAAUGUUUAUGAAAUUCUUAGCAUAGUGCCUAGCACAUAGUAAACAUGCAGUAAAUGUCUACUACUACAACGACAACGAUUCCUGCUACGAGUGCAAGAAACGUUUACUACCUCAACUACUGCUAAGUGACAGAUGGGUGUGCAAAGAAAGCAGUGAAUCAUGCAGCUCUUCAAAUCCCUGCCAGGAAAAAGCAUCUAUGUGUUUAGUUUUUAUAUCCUCUCAAGAUUUAUGCAUCCGGGUUGAUGACGUUUGUGGUCACAGAUAUGGAAACUGAGACCCAGAGAGAUGAAGUAGCUUAAUCAAGGUCAAAUCUCAAGGAGGCAGAAGCCCUGAAAUUUUACUGAUGUUCUGUUGGACUCCACCUAUCUCUCUACCAUUGUAUCACAUGGAAUCUUUGAAAGGCAGGUUGCAUAUGUCUCUGGAUGACUUUAAAGAUAUGUCACAAAUGCAUAUGACAGCACCAACUUGUAAACUCUCCACAGACAAGCCAAUUUCAUCAGCACCUAAUGAUAUGGUCUACACAUGAGGCUCCAUCAUCUGGAGCUGGACAACUCUGAGCCCUGAGCACUAAAAGUGACUUCAUGCAUGUAUACCUAUGGUUCAUUUUCUUUAGGUGUAUGGAUGAGACGCCAUGGAACCAGGGAAUCUCACGUGCAUAUCAGAAUUUGUCUUCCUGGGGUUCUCACAGACUCGAGAGCUCCAGCUUUUUCUGUUUCUGGUGUUCCUGAUUGUCUACACCACCACUGUCGUAGGAAACCUCCUCAUCAUGGUCACGGUGACCUCAGACACACGGCUCCACACACCCAUGUACUUUCUGCUCCGAAAUCUGGCUGUCUUAGACCUCUGUUUCUCCUCUGUCACUGCCCCAAAGAUGCUGGUGGACUUCCUCUCUGAGAAGAAGACCAUCUCCUACCAGGGCUGCAUGGCCCAGAUCUUCUUCUUCCACUUUCUGGGAGGCGCCAUGGUCUUCUUCCUCUCAGUCAUGGCCUAUGACCGCCUUGUUGCCAUCUCCCGACCCCUCCACUAUGUGACCAUCAUGAAUACACAGCUCUGUGUGGCACUAGUGGUGACAGCCUGGAUGGUAGGUUUCGUCCAUUCCAUUGCCCAACUGGCUCUGAUGCUCCCGUUGCCUUUCUGUGGCCCCAACGUCCUGGAUAACUUCUACUGUGAUGUCCCACAAGUGCUGAGACUUGCCUGCACUGACACCACCCUCCUGGAGUUCCUCAUGAUCUCCAACAGUGGGCUGCUGGAUGUCAUCUGGUUCUUUCUCCUCCUGACCUCCUACUCAGUCAUCCUGGUGAUGCUGAGGUCCCACUCUGGGCAGGCGAGGAGGAAGGCAGCUUCCACUUGCACCACCCACAUCGUCGUGGUGUCUAUGGUUUUCAUUCCAAGCAUUUACCUCUAUGCCCGGCCCUUCACCCCCUUCUCCAUGGACAAGGCUGUGUCCAUCAGCCACACGGUCAUGACCCCCAUGCUCAACCCCAUGAUCUACACCCUGAGGAACCAGGAGGUGCAGGCAGCAGUGAAGAGACUAGGGAGGCGCCGGCUGGUUUGUAAGAGGGAGUGACAAUGAGUGAGUCACUUCUCUCUGGCUUUGUGUUCCAUUUGUAAAAUGGAGGGAAAGCUACUGUGUCUGCUGGCUGUCUUCAUAGCUUGUGCCUAUGUUGUGGAGGUCAUCAUAGAAGUGAUAUUAGUGCUUUGAAACUAAGCACUUUGAAACUAAGUACUUUGAAACUAAGUGCUUUGAAAGUUAGUGCUUUGAAACUAAGCAACUGACUCAGAUCUUUGGGAAAAAGGGAAAAGUCCCCUUUGGUGGCUAAGGCUUGUGCCAGGUUUCUAAAACCCUUGCUCAUUGAGAAGUGUUCUCAUGACUCUGGAAAGCUACACCCUUCUUUCCCCCUUCUUGGGGGGUCGUUUCCUCUUGUGAUGAGGGCAUUUCCCCCAGCGAAGGCACUUCUAGUUUACGUGUUUUGACUUCUCUUCCCAGCACCCCUUUUGACCUGUGUCCAGAGUGUUAAAGCACAGACCUUGAAGACAUAGCCUUAGCUUGGGAGCCCUGGACCCAUAUGUUACCAGACUGCUGACCUUGGAUAAGCUGCCUGGCCUCUCUUGAACUCAUGGAUUCCUCCUCACCAAACUGGCAUAAAGCAAUAUCUGUCCCAAUAAUCUCACAGAUUUGUUAUAAGAUCUAAAACGUGUAUAAGAAUAUUUUAUCAACCUUACAUAGAACCUAUGUGAGGGUUAUUGUCAUUGUUAUGAUUAUUCCUGACAUGUAUUUUUUCAUGGGUUGAGCAGUGUUUUGGAAGUGUUUGGUGGCGAUUCCUCAGUGCGGUGAGGGAGGCAUGGAGAGGGUGGGAGCUGAACUUCAGAGGGCCAUGCAGCAUGCCCAUGAAUGAAACAGAGAACAGAGAGCGAGCACAAAUUCAGGGGCAUGUCUUCAAGGAAAUAUUCUUAUUUUUAUUUGUGAUGGAUGAUUUGAACUCUUCUAUGACAGUAAGAUAUAUUCUCAUAGGAACAUUCUGGAAAGCUACACUCUCACACAUUUCUGCCUUCUUGGUGGACAGUUUCCUGUUAUUAUGACACCAUUUCUCCAUAAGAGCAUUGUAUUUUCUUUAUUUUGACCCCUUUUCCCAAUACUCUGUUUUGGUGUGAGUCUGGGUUGGUGGAAAUAGCACAAGACUUAGAGGUUAAGCUUUAAAUGAAAAUCUCUAACUCAUAACUUACCAAACUGAUGAUGACUUGGGAUGAACCACUUGACCUCUCUUGGCCUCAUGACUUCUUCUUCAAUAAAUUUGCUUAAAUUAAUAUCUGACCUCCAAACCUCCCAAAUUUAUUAUAAGAAUCAAAUAAAAAAUCAUGUGAGAAAACAUUGGGCAAACCAUGUAAAUAUUUUUUCUUCCAGUCUUUUUUUGAUGAUUUUAUUUUAUUUUCAAAUUUGAAAAUAUCAUGAAUGUUCAGAUUAUUUCUGCAUUACAUUUUCAGUGUAGAAUAAUAAUUGUUACAAACAAAGGAUUAUGUGUAAAAUACAUGUAAGUUCUAGAACAUUAUAGCAUUAUGAGAGCUCCUAGAAAGGCUACUUGAUUUAAGAAAUAGAAGUUACCAGUAACUUAUACCUACCCACAGGGUCCUCUGCCUCACAUUCACUCUCUCCCCGCCAGUGAAACUCUUUUCUUGAAUUUUGCAUUUGCCAUCCUAUUGCUUACAAAAACACUUUUAUCACGUUUUUACAUAAUCAGUAAAUAUACUGAUUCUGUUUUGUUUUAUUUUGAGCUUUCUGAAAAUAUCCUACUGGACAUAAUAUUCUUGGAUUUACUUCUUUUUCCACUCAACAUUAUAUUUUUAAGCUUAUUUGGGUUGUUUCCAGGUUUGUUUGUUUGGUUUUGCUAUUGAAAACAGUGCUAUUUUGAAUAUUGCCUUAUUUGUCUCCAGUUGCCAUGUUGAGGAGCUAUGGGCUAUACCUUGAAAUAGAAUUGCUGGGACGCCUGGGUGGCUCAGUCGGUUGAGCGUCCUGACUUUAGAUUUCGGCUCAGGUCAUGAUCCCAGGGUUCUGGGAUCAGGCCCUGUGUUGGGCCCUGAGUUGAGUGUGGAGCCUGCUUAAGA